GUUCUAAUCAUGUUGCGUUGUCAUCUGUUGUGACCUCCGAGUAUACGUAUACACGCAAGGACAGUGCUGUGACGGCAUUGUAUGCGGGAAAAUCCAAUCUUUCUCUUCUGCCCGUUAAAUCACAAUGAUUGCUUGGCCAUUUUGUCUCCUUCUGCUAUUUCUGCUCCACGGGAGAGACAGGCCACUCGUAUCUUUGGAGACGCGGUUCAUCCAUAAAUCCUUGUUUUUCUGGCAACGGCGGUGAAAGAUUUGAGAGUAUGGAUGAAAUAACAAGUCUCAAGGGCUCCCCGAGGGAUCAUGGUAGAAUGUCCGAUCAUGGCACCUUCAGUGACGCAGAGGCCACGAAAUCAAGCCCAAUCAUAGAAGAGACCAGUCUCCUCGUCGACGAGUCCUGCAUCGACACCGCAGAGAGUAUCAUAGAUACUCACGAACAAAAGGCCCGACUCAUCGACUAUGAACUCGAACGCCAGGGUAUGGGACGCUAUCAAACCACCAUCUUCCUGCUCUGCGGGUUCGGAUACCUACUCGAUCUCCUGUGGGCUCAGGCGUUCGGCUUGAUCAUCACGCCCAUGCAAACCGAGUUCGGCUUCGACGACACGGCCCUAGGUCAUAUCUUUACGUCCUUUUCGCUCGGCCUGACGUUCGGUGCUCUGGUCUGGGGCAUCCUCGUCGAUAUCCUAGGAAGGAGCGUGGCGUUCAAUUCGACAGUUCUGAUCACAGCUGUGUUUGGUACAUGGCUGGGUGCCAUGGGCAGUUAUGAUGGUGUUCUUGUCCUGGUUGCCCUGACCGGGAUUGGCGUUGGAGGCAACAUACCCAUCGACACCACAAUUUGUUUGGAGUGUCUGCCACAGAGCCGGAGAUGGUUGUUGCCGGCGUUGAGUGCCUUUCAGCCUCUUGGUGUGGUGAUCUGUUGUGGAAUGGCAUAUAUGUUGGUGCCGAGAUACAGCUGUCAGGAGGGUCUCCCCAGCUGUACCGUGAGCAGUGUCGAUGCUGGAGACAUUUCGAAGUGUUGUGUGAAGGGGGACAAUCUAGGUUGGCGAUAUCUUCUGUUCCUGAUCGGUAUCAUCACUGUGGUGGCUUUUGUACUCAGGAGCUUAGUGUUCAAGUUUGAAGAGAGUCCAAAGUACUUGGUGUAUCGUGGCCGAGAUCAAGAUGCUGUACGAGUGUUGGAGUACAUGGCAAAAUACAACGGCCGGGAAUGUGGCCUGACGCUGGAUAUGCUGGAGGCAUUGAACGGCGAGGCUAAUAUGGACGAUAUGGACACGCCAUUGCCCGGGACUGGGAUGGAAGAACAGAAGCGGAGUGUAUCACAGAAGAUUCUUGCUGAAUUUGGGCGGUUCAAGGUAUUGUUCUCGACCUUUGCAAUGGCAAGGCUCGUUGUGCUUGUCUGGGUGAUUUAUGCCUUUGAUUACUGGGGAUUUACUAUCGCAGGCGCAUUUCUACCAACAAUUCUGUCGAGAAAGGGGAGAAGCCUGGGCCUCACUGUGGAUGAGACGUAUCGGUCGUAUUUGUUCAUCUAUGUUUGCGGCAUUCCAGGAGUGCUUGCUGGAACCCUGAUAUAUGGGCAGAGACGACUUGCCCUGCUCGCGUCCUCAUUAUUGUUCGGCGCGUGUCUGUUCAUUUUCACCGUUGUGAAGGAUGAAGCAUCAUACAUUGGAAUCAGCGGCUUGGAGUAUUUCUUCCAGAGUAUGUUCAAUGCGAUUUUGUAUGGCUGGACUCCAGAAGUGUUCCCAGCCUCAGUGAGAGGAUCGGCGUGUGGAUUGGCUAGUUUCUGGGGCCGGUCUUUCUCGAUCAUUGCACCUAUUGCUGGCUCACAGAUGCUAGCAAGGAGUCUUGAUGGCGUGUUAUACUUGGCUGGUGGAAGUGUAUGGGUUUGUACAAUUGCAAUCAUGUUGUUACCGAGGGAGUUUAUGGGCAGGAACACCCUUUAAGGAUUUGGAGAGGCCAAGGAUCAGUGUGGUGAUUAGUCGAUACACACAUAGGAAUCAGUGCUUUGUGGAUUCUCAGCCGAUCGUGAUAUGGUAUAGCCCAAAAGCACGUUAGACUGAUGUUCUCCCAUUCUUCUGACGACCACAGCGUCUUCGUGACUAUUCACAGACACGACACUGACAGUU